GAGUGGUGAUAGGUUGUUGAGAGAGUGGAAGGUUUGAAUGGUCAGACCUCUGGCUGUUGGCUUUGCCUUCAGGCCAUCUCCGGAGAGAAGAAGCAAAGCUGAACCUCGGGCCACGUAGAUGCAAUUUUAACCCGAAGAAUCGCUUCUGUUCCUCAGAUCCCUUGUCAUUCUGUGGAGUCUUCGCUUACGUCCAGUCCUGCAGGAGGUUUUUUGUUUUUUUUUUGUUUUUUUUUUGUUUUUUUAAUCUCACAAAAUUCAAGUCGGCCUUUAAACUUAAGAUCGGUUUCUUCUGGUCAAGAGUGUGAAACUGCGUGGUCCGGAUCAAGCCAGUGUUCUCUUCGUUCCACCUUUGAAGUCCUGAGCUUGCCUGACGUCUAUAGCCCCACCUCCCUCGGUGAAGACUCUGAAGUCAUGUCUACAGGACCUAUCCCACCUGCAAGUGAAGAGGGAAGUUUUGUUUCAGCACCCAGUUUUAGGUCCAAACAAAGGAAGAUAUUACACCUACUUUUGGAGAGAAACACUUCUUUUACCAUCCGUUCAGAUUUCCCUGAAUCUCCGAAAGACAAACUCCACGACUCGGCAAACCUAAGCAUUCUGUCGGGAGGAACCCCAAAAUGUUGCCUUGACCUUUCGAAUCUUAGCAGUGGAGAGAUGUCUGCCUCUCCGCUUACUACUUCUGCUGACCUUGAGGACAAUGGUUCCUUGGAUUCAUCUGGACCUCUGGAUAGACAGUUAACUGGCAAGGAUUUUCACCAGGACCUUAUGAAAGGUAUCCCAGUACAGCUUCUUUGUAGUACUCCGAAUGCUAUGAAUCAUGGCCACAGAAAGAAGAUUGCAAAGCGUAGCACAUCUGCACAUAAAGAAAAUGAGAGUUAUUCAUAGUUUGAUCAGACGUGAUAUUUUUGGCAGGCAGCGUUCCUGCUUCUCUCCCUCCAGCUGAUUGACGCGGGUCCUUCUUGUGCAGAUAAACACCAGUUUAAAGGCAUUGGAAUGGGAGGCACCUAGGACCCCAAGGUUUCGAAAAAUGCCUGGAGGUCCUCUGACUUCUCCUCUGUGUGAGCUGUAUACUUGACAGGAAAUGAAGCAUCUGGGCAGUCCCAUUACUACGGUUCCUAAGCUGAGUCAAAAUGUAAAGCUAGAAGACCAAGAAAGGAUUUCAGAAGACCCAAUGGAGUGUUCCCUGGGAGACCAGGACGCCAAGGGCUUAAGUCUAAGGAAGAUGGUCCCACUCUGUGACAUGAACGCCAUUCAGAUGGAGGAGGAAGAGUCUGGCUCAGAGCUUCUGAUUGGUGAUUUCUCAAAGGUGUGUGUGCUGCCAACGGUGCCAGGGAAACACCCGGAUCUGAAGUAUAUCAGCCCAGACACAGUGGCUGCUUUGCUGUCUGGAAAGUUCCAGAGUGUGAUCGAGAGGUUUUAUAUCAUUGAUUGCCGCUAUCCGUAUGAGUACCUGGGAGGCCACAUCCUGGGAGCCUUAAACCUGCACAGUCAGAAGGAACUGCAUGAGUUCUUUCUGAGGAAGCCUGUUGUUCCUCUGGAUAUCCAGAAAAGAGUCAUCAUUGUGUUCCUCUGUGAAUUCUCCUCCGAGAGAGGCCCUCGAAUGUGCCGUUCUCUGAGAGAAAAAGACAGGGCUCUGAACCAGUAUCCGGCAUUAUAUUACCCUGAGCUAUAUAUCCUCAAAGGGGGCUACAGAGAUUUCUUUCCAGAGUAUAUGGAGCUGUGUGACCCACAGAGCUACUGUCCCAUGCUUCACCAGGACCACCAGGCUGAGCUGCUGAGCUGGCGAAGCCAGAGCAAGGCCCAGGAAGGGGAGCGGCAGCUGCAGGGACAGAUUGCCCUCCUGGUGAAGGGUGCGAGCCCACAAUAGUGACUAUGACGGUGGCAGUGAAGACACUACAGACCCUGGACAGAAGGAGUCAUCUUCCAUGUCGCUAAUCCCGUGAUUAUGUCUGCAAACAUGGGCAGAGCCAGGCAGGCUGUAAAUAAAUGCCUUUCGUCCUAGCACUAAGGAGGCAAAGGCAGGAGGAUCUUUGAGUUUGAGGCCAGCCUGGUCUACAUGUGACCUUGUCUCAAAAACAAAACAAACAAAAUAAAACAAAACCCAUUAAACCAAAA